AUGGCCGGUGGAUAUACGGAUCUUGAGCCAGAAUGUCGGAUCUGUCUGGCAUACGGCGAGAGAUGUCACUACGACAAGCCUCCGCCAAUGUCGCAAGUCUUGGCCAUGGCGCACAAGAUCGAGGAACUGGAGAGGGCGUUAACUGCGGCGAAGGAGGCUCCCCAGCAGCAGCCCCAGCAAGCCGUCACUUACUCGACUGCUCAGGUGAAGUCCGGCAUGAGUGACCAACAGCACACCAAUCCAUCCGAACAGCGAGGAUCCCCCAUUGUCAUACGCGAUCAUCUGCACAGUGGCGAUUACGAGAGCCCAAUAUACUCUUCGACGUCAGCAAUACAAGAGCCCACUACGAAUGGCGAAGGAAGCUCAACAUCACAUGUCACCACCCCGGCCACCAGCAUCCCCUCAAUGGACGAGAACACAUUAAAUUUCUGGACAGAUGCCAUGCUACAGUCGGCUUCGUCUCAGCUGUCUCUGCCAAUCGACAAGGUAAAGCAUCUUUUCAAGACCCAUUGGACCUGGGUCCACCCGUGCUUCCUCUUCGUGUCGAGACCGGCCUUUUUACGAGACGCAGCCACUGGAGGCGAGCACUUCUCCUUGCUCCUCCUCUGUGUACUCUGCCUGCAUUCCACACGAUUUACGGAGCAUGGCCUAGCUCGAGAUUUGCAAGCACGAGUGCAUUUACUGCUUGGACAAGAACUCCACAAAGAGCCUUCAGUUCCUACAAUACAAGCUCUCCUGCAACUAAGCGCGAAGUCCAUAGGCGCAGGCGAAGUGUCCCAGGCGUGGGCCUACAGUGGCCUUGCAUUCCGGAUGGCUGUUCACAUGGGGAUUUUUUCGAGGCCUCCGGUCGUGAGAGACGUGCUCUCCCAGGGUGUCAAAGAACAGCUCGCUUGGUCUUGCUAUCUGUGGGACAAAGCCAUCAGUCUGUACCUGGGCCGUGCUCCUUCGCUCUCAGACGCGCCCAACUUUGAGCCACCUUGUCUGGAUGAGGCGUCGGAGCAUGCCAUUUGGGUCCCCUAUUUUGGCGAUGCAGGGUCUGGAGACCACCUAGCCCAAAGAGCCCACAUCAUGACCUGUUUUUAUUACUUGUGCAAGCUAACCACUAUCGUCAACGACAUCCUCCUGACUGUCUAUACCAAAAACAGCCAAGCAGACCCCCUGCCGUUUGUGAAGGAUGCGCGACAAAAGUUAGAAGACUGGCGCGCGAGCACUCCCUCCCACUUGCUGGUCUCGCCAGAGGCCGCGCACUGUCCUCCACCUCACCAACUGCACGCCAACCUGAUGUACUACGCCGCUACUAUCCUCCUUCAUCGGCCCUUCCGGUCGAGCAAGACUUGCCGAUCGAUCUGCCGCGAGGCGGCAGACUCCAUAGCCCACCUCUUCCUCCUACUGGAGCAGUCUAUGGGGCUGUCCCAUGUGACCUACAUGAUGGCAUAUUGUGCGUACACUGCGGCCACGGUGGGCAUUCUCGAGAUGGCCGAUGGAGUGGAAGGCUCUCAGCAGCGUGUCAAUACCUACCUACGAGCCUUGUACGGUGCCAGGUACAGCUGCCCUGGCAUACAACGAAGCAUCGACAUCAUUGUUGAUGGGUUCAACAGGAAGGUCAACCCGGGGAUCGCAUCACAUGUCAACGGACCCCAGACUACGUCCUCAGCCGACGCGGGCUAUUCGAUGGAGCCGAACGUCCUGCCAGCUUUCGUUUCUGAGCAGCAAGAGGCUUUCGCCAAUUAUGGUUGGCCAGGUGAAGACGGCGGCAUGUCGACUGUGCCGUUCGGCGGAUUAGACCCUUUUGCCAUGGAAUGGGCCCAGGUUCCAAUCGACACAUUUGACGACUUCCUCGCGGCGUCACAACAGGAUACAUCGACGGUUUACUGA